CUCUGUAUUGCUACAGUUUUCCUUCCAAGCCGUCAGGUGUCAGUAACGGGCUGAGAAACAUUUUCACAUUAGAGAAGAAGCUGUGUGUCCUUCACAACAGCAAACAUGGCGACUGCUACAAAAAUCAUUCAGAGGCUGCGAAAUUUUCUAACAGGGCGUGACCUGCAAGCCAAAUUGCAGCUGCGAUAUGAGGAGAUUUCAAAGAGGACACAGCCACCACCCAAACUGCCAGUAGGGCCGAGCCACAAGUUCGCCAGUAACUAUUACUACACCAGAGAUGGACGUAGAGAGUCUGUACCAGCCACAGUGGUCAUGUCUUCACAGAAGGCCCUCACUGCUGGGAGCCAGGUCGCUAAAGCCCCAAGCCUUCCAGUGACCCCAGGAGCUGUAUAUAAAGAGCCACCACUGUCCACAGACCAGCCAUACCUCUGAGCAGUGGCACAAACCCUUUCAGCAUCAACAACAUUACUCAAACGUGCUGUGGAUGCCUGACCGUUGUUGGCACCGGUUGGAUCAUGUACCAUGGAAAUUGUUAAUAAAAUGUGCUGUAUUGUUU